AUGAAACAUAUAUCUGGAAAAAUCAAAUAUAAAGAGCCAAACGUUGGAUCCAAUUGGAGACGACAAGAGCUGAAGAAGAGCGCCAAAGAGUGUUUCAAAGCCUACCGAAAGGAUGUCGAGUACUUCUACGAAGUGGUGAAACAAAGAUCACUGGAUCUGAACCGCGAGUUCAGCUCCGAAAAGGAUUACCUCAACACAACUCUCAGUCACUUUCGGCAAUCGUUGACCGAAAUGAACGAUUUGUACGACAAGUGUCGGGAUAUAAGUCGACACCACUUCUGUCUCACCGAAUGCCAGAAAUUGAGCGAAAAGUUUGCGAAGAAUGCGUUGACUGUGUUUCAGCUGAUGCUUGUCGUCGACAGAUAUGAACAACAGGAUGAACAGCGUGUGAAGGAAUCUCCCGAAACUGCUAUUCAAUUAUAAAUUCAUUUGUUUUGAUUAAAGUAUUUAAUUUAAUAUGAAUUUAUUUUAAGCCUUAAAUCUACUAAUUA